AUGCCGAAGAGACGGGACAUCCUUGCGAUCAUCCUCAUUGUGCUGCCCUGGACACUGCUGAUCACUGUCUGGCACCAGAGCACCAUCGCACCCCUGCUCACCGUGCACAAGGAUGAUGGGAGUGACGCCCGGCGCAAUGCACCAGGCUCGGACCCCAGGGAAUACUGCAUGUCCGACCGCGACAUCGUGGAGGUAGUCCGGACUGAGUAUGUGUACACGCGGCCCCCGCCGUGGUCGGACACACUGCCCACCAUCCACGUGGUCACGCCCACUUACAGCCGCCCGGUGCAGAAGGCUGAGCUGACGCGCAUGGCCAACACGCUGCUGCACGUGCCCAACCUGCACUGGCUGGUGGUGGAGGACGCGCCCCGGCGCACACCGCUGACAGCGCGCCUGCUGCGUGACACAGGUCUCAACUACACGCAUUUGCACGUGGAGACGCCCCGCAACUACAAGCUGCGCGGUGACACUCGGGACCCGCGCAUCCCCCGUGGCACCAUGCAGCGCAACCUGGCGCUGCGCUGGCUGCGUGAGACCUUCCCCCGCAACUCCAGCCAGCCUGGUGUGGUCUACUUUGCAGACGACGACAACACCUACAGCCUGGAGCUUUUCGAGGAGAUGCGAAGCACCAGGAGGGUGUCUGUGUGGCCAGUCGCCUUCGUGGGUGGCCUCCGAUAUGAGGCCCCCAGAGUGAACGGAGCAGGAAAGGUGGUUGGCUGGAAGACAGUGUUCGACCCCCACCGACCGUUUGCCAUAGACAUGGCUGGAUUUGCUGUCAACCUUCGGCUUAUUCUGCAGCGAAGCCAGGCGUACUUCAAGCUGCGUGGUGUCAAGGGGGGCUACCAGGAAAGCAGUCUCCUUCGAGAACUUGUCACCCUAAGUGACCUGGAACCCAAGGCAGCCAACUGCACCAAGAUCCUGGUGUGGCACACACGGACAGAGAAGCCAGUGCUGGUGAACGAGGGAAAGAAAGGCUUCACAGACCCCAGCGUGGAGAUCUGACCACAGGGACAGGUAUGAGAAGAUGAGGGCGGGUGUAAACUGGCAGGACUCAGCACCAGUCUCCCAGAGGCUCUCCUCAUGGUCUUUCUAUGUGGGAGGACAGGAAAAAGGAGGGCAAGAGAUAGGCCAGCUGAAGGCUUUCGCCUGGUGCCUCUGAAAUCCAGUAGGUGCCGACUUUCUCCUACACAGCUGGGUCCUUCCGUCCCCAGACACCUUACAAACACCUCCACACAGCAACUUAUUGUCAUUAUUGCUGUGAUUCUGGCAAUCCCAAGGAACCUCUACUUAAGACUCCCACCCUCCCAGG